AUGAUCCACAAGACGCUCACACGCAUCACCUCCCUGAAGCAUAAACCCUCCGUUUUAGCCCUGGCGGAUAGAGAAGCGGAAGCCAUCGCUGUGAUAAGCAUGUUGAAGGAGACUGAGGCGGCCACUCUAGACCUCAUUGAGUCGUUGCUUUGCAGCGUCUCGGGCUCCAGGAGCUCUUCGAGCGGAUGGUCUCUCGUGUCGAGGCUCAUCGGGUCGAGAAGAUGCUCGGGACAAGACGAUGAUGAUCACAAGCAUAGGCUGGAGUUUAGUGAGGUGGAUGCUGCCUUGGAGAAGCUUGUGAGAUUGGAUGGGGCGAUGCAGGUUGAUGAGCUUGGGCUGCAGUUGAGAGAGAUGGAGGAGAGCCUUGGUGUUGUGGAAGACAAAGUCGAGGGUUUGUUUAAGCGUUUGGUCAGAACCAGAGUUUCACUGCUUAACAUGCACAGCAAUUAG